AGAACGCAGUGUUAUGUAUUCUUACUAUUUCUGAGAUAUAGUUGUAGUUUAUAGUUGUCAUCCGGACGACAGAUAACUUCCCUGUGUGUGAGGUAAUUUCACUUGUGUCCACAGAGCGGUACUAUUCAUUGAUAAUAACGGGAGAAACUGCCCUAGGUACAGUACUGGCAAGAUACGACGUACUUUAAAUUUCUCUCUAUUAAGAAAUGGAUAUGCUUUGUUUAUUUAACAUCGGGCUCCUCUGCUGUUCAUAACAGACAGGCAAGCAGGUUUAUGGAUUUAUAUUGGUCUAUUAAAAAUGGCAAAUAGUUUUCCGUGUGAGCAUGGGAAUUGUUUCUUAACUUUCGCUUGAGGUCAGGCAUAUUGACCUUUGAAGAAUGCCUAAGCCAUAAAUUAAAAUGAACUCAUCCAAAGCUGAUCCAUUUAGAGACAAUAUGCAACUUGGACAAGCAGACUCCUUUUAGUCUCCGGGCUUGAAAAACAUACCGCGUUCAGAGUGAAAUGAGAGGGGGGCUGUUUGAAAAACAAUCCCCUUGGCUUGUCCCUCUGUUGGGGUGAAGUUGAGCCCGUAAUGGCAUUUUGUUUUGAGCAGUUGCUGUUAGCUGUUUCCUCAUAAGGACUUGCUGUCCGUGGAUUUGGGGAGGAACUUGUGGUUUUGUGCGAGUAAAGACACUCUCCUCACUGGAUCCUGCGAGCAGAUACACACAAUACCGGCAGAUCGCAGACAAACGCUUAUGGUGCCAGUAAUUUUCAUGAAUUCAAAAUCAACUCAGCAGUGAUCUUUGGGAGCUGGGGAUAAAGUCUUUCUGUUUACAACCCAAAUGCUGAACAUGGAGGGCUUUCUGCGUAGCAGCUUUUUACUGAGCAGAAUCAUGUCUUCCAAGCAAGCCACCUCCCCGUUCACCACGACCCCUGACGGAGGUGAGGAUGGAGUGAAUCAGGAGCGCAUGUCCUGGGAAAAAGAGGAGAACUUAGAGGCGCUGGCUCCUCCUCUGCACAGUCUGAUCCACAACAAACCUCCUCCGGAGGAGCUACCGCCAAUCAGCAGCAGCGUGCCGCCCGAAUCCGACUGGGACAGUCUGCUGUCGGCCCAGCAGCGCAUGGAAUCGGACAGCAAUAAAGUAUGUUCCUUGUACUCCUUCCGGAAUAACUCUACCUCUCCACUCAAGCCAGAUGAGGGGGGCAGGGAGCGCGGCGACCUGCUGAGCAGCUCAGCUUUUGGAACGCCAGAGCGUCGCAAGGGAAGCCUGGCCGAUGUGGUGGACACACUGAAGCAGAAGAAACUAGAGGAGAUGACAAAGACAGAGCAAGAUGAAUCCUCCUGCAUGGAGAAACUCCUUUCUAAAGACUGGAAAGAGAAGAUGGAUCGACUUAACACGGGCGAACUGUUUGGAGAAAUUAAAGGUACACCCGAAAGUCUCGCCGAGAAGGAACGACAACUCUCCACCAUGAUCACGCAGCUCAUCAGCCUAAGAGAGCAGCUCCUGGCUGCCCACGAUGAGCAGAAGAAACUGGCCGCCUCACAGAUGGAGAAACAGCGUCAGCAAAUGGAGCUGGCGCGCCAACAGCAAGAGCAGAUCGCAAGACAACAGCAGCAACUUCUGCAGCAACAGCACAAAAUCAAUCUUCUCCAGCAGCAGAUCCAGCAGGUCCAGGGUCACAUGCCUCCGCUCAUGAUCCCCAUUUUUCCACACGACCAGCGCACUCUGGCAGCAGCCGCCGCGGCCCAGCAGGGCUUCCUCUUCCCCCCAGGCAUGUCCUACAAACCCGGUGAUAACUACCCAGUGCAGUUCAUUCCAUCCACAAUGGCAGCUGCUGCCGCGUCAGGACUCAACCCUCUCCAGCUCCAGCAACUCUACGCCGCCCAGCUGGCCAGCAUGCAGGUCUCUCCAGGAGCCAAGAUGCCACCGCUGCCCCAGCCCCCUAACUCUGGUGGGCCCAUCUCCCCCUCUGGCUUGAAGAAUGAGAAGAGAGCUUCUACCCCCCUCACUCAAAUUAAGGAGGAGGGAACGCAGCCUCUCAACCUCUCCGCCCGACCCAAAACAGCUGAGCCGGUCAAAUCUCCAACGUCCCCUACACAGAGCCUCUUCUCCGGCAGCAAGAGCAGCCCGAACAGUCUAUCUAAGAGCGGAGGAAUCCCCAGCCCCCUUGGAGGAUUGGGUCGCGGUUCAUCACUGGAUAUCCUGUCCAGCCUGAACUCAACAGCGCUGUUUGGAGAUCAGGACGCGGUGAUGAAGGCCAUCCAGGAAGCGAGGAAGAUGAGAGAACAGAUACAGAGAGAGCAGCUACAGCAUCAUCAGCAGGGAAUGGAGGCCAAGCUCUCUGCCCUCACCGGCAUGAGCCUGAACAACUGCAGGGCUGACAAGGAGAGGUCUCAUUAUGAAAGCCUGGGACAUCACUUGGGUAAACUUGGCGAGGAUGGAAAGAUCGGUCACAGGGUCAUCGACCUUACCCGACCAGAGGAUUUCGAAGGGAGUAAGGAACUUAAUGGGUCCGCAGAUAAACCACAUCAGUAUUAUUGUUGGCCAACAGGAGGCGCCAGCUCUGCCGAGGCACGGGUCUACAGGGAACCCCGGGGACGGAACAACAACGAACCUCACAUCAAACGGCCCAUGAACGCCUUCAUGGUCUGGGCAAAAGACGAGCGUCGCAAAAUCCUCCAGGCCUUCCCAGACAUGCACAACUCCAACAUCAGCAAAAUCUUGGGUAAGUCUGGGACUCCAAAUCAAUCGUGAGUCGUAUGCGUUAACCUUUCAGUUUUCACUGGGAAU